AUGGCUUAUCCCAGUUAUCCCCCCGGUAAAAUAAUUUUGUUGGAUGAAAUUGAAAAUAACACGAAAAAUUGGUUUGGUGAAUAUCUUCGAAUUGCCGGGAAAUUAAUUUAUCAUAACACGACCAAGAAUAUAGCCGUAAUUGAACAAAAUAUUAAAUAUACAAGCAAUAAAGAGAAACAGCGCGAAGGACAUUUACACGAAAAAUUCAAAAUAAAAAAUUGCUUUUUAAUUGUCGAUACAAAGCUUGUCGAAGAUGAACCAUAUAAAGAAUGCAAAAUUGCCGAAUUCCUUGGUCUGUUGAUAAAUGAUAAUGAUUCUGUCUCGAAAUUUUAUCAACUUCCGCAAAAAAUUCAAGAUAUUAUCAAUGCUGAUAUACAGAGGACAAACUAUCCUUUAUUGGAAGCGCGUAUUUUUCGUAAUGUCGAUUUCAUGGAUAUGGAUCUUUAUCAGGAUGUGAUCAAUAUGAGGAAUAAAUAUGAACAAUAA